CUCCUGUAACCUGACCUGAUCAGGACAGUCAUGACAGCCUUUAACUGCUGGUGAGCUGGAGGAUUCUCACCAAGGUGUCAGAAACUAGAUUAAAACCAUGACCACAUUGAGGAAGUGAUGCUAUAGUGAUGAAUAGAGAUGCUGCUGUAUGGUGAGAAACUCAUAGUGCUGAGACACUCUGAAAGAGGAAAGAGACAGAAACAGAGCAGAGAGAGACAGAGAGACAGAGAGAGAGAUAGACACAGAGACAGACCUGAGAGAGAGAGAGGGGAUCAUGGCUGAUGUCCCUCAAUCAUUUUUGGGAUUGCUUGUGACCGUUUUGUACCUGCUAACAGGUGUCAGUGGAGAACGUCUCUCUAUGUUCUCCAGAAUGGGAGAUAAUGUCAGUCUGCCGUGUAACAAUGUGGUUUAUCCAGACUGCUCAUCUACUACAUGGAUCUAUAACAGAGAUGGAUCUACUGGUAAUAUUGAAGAGGUCACAUUGGGGAAGAUCAAAGUUGACCAGAAAGAGAGAGCAGAGAGACUGAGUUUAGGGUCUAACUGUUCUCUACAUGUUAGCAAUGUCAGGGCUGAGGAUGUUGGACUCUACACCUGUCAACAAUACCUUACAGAGACUGGACCAAAACAUGGAGUCUCCUCUACCACACCAGUGACAGAUCUGAAGCCUAAUGUAAAUAUGACAUUACGGUGUUCUCUGCUCACCGAUACGCAACAUGGAACGUGCUGGUCAGGAUUUAGUCUCAGCUGGGGCCCUAAAACAGGUACUAAAGCCCAGGUCACACGGGAUUCUUCCUGUGACAUCACUCUGACUGUGACACUCCAGAAGAAGGACAACAACAGGAAGUGGACGUGCACACUGACUGAAAAGGGAAACAUGAAGAUCUCCAUUGACUUCACCUCCACAUUCUCAGAUAUAGAAGAAAAGACCACUGAUAGUGAUGAUGUCAUCUCUACUCUCCCAGGAAGUACAGCCUCUAUUACAAGACCAGCCUUGUCAACCACCUCCCCAUCUUCUGCUGGCUCUCAGAACCUCUUCCUUACGGUGACUGUAGGAGUGGCUUUGGCAGCAGUGGUGUGUGUCACUGCUGUUGUCAUCAUAGUACGCAGGAGGAGAGACAAGAAUCAAGUGCCAACUGAUAACAGCAUU